AUGGCAAAUGCUAGUAAUAAUACUCAUCUUCAACUUCGACUAGAUCAGGCCAAAGAGGAAACAAAGCAACUUUAUUCUCACUUGGAAAGGUUAACUAAGAAGAAUAACGAUGCAGAUUUAUUUAGUAUGGCACACAACAUAGAUAGCCUAACCGGUAGGAAUACCAUAGAGUCAUCUGUUAUUACCAGAAAUUAUAAUAAUAAGAAUAGAUUUUUUUCAUAUGGUGUAAAUUUAAAGAAAGUACGUACAUUGAAUGGGCAUACAAAUAAAAUUGCUGAUGUUAAGUGGAGUAAAGAUUCUAAACAUAUAUUAACAGUUUCACAGGAUGGAUUUAUGAUUAUUUGGGAUCCAGCAACUGGUUUAAAACAAAAUGCCGUUAUAUUAAACAAUCAGUGGGUGUUGGCUGGUGCAAUUUCUCCUCAAAAUAACCUAGUAGCAAGCGCUGGUUUAAAUAACAAUUGUACCGUGUAUAGAUUAAAUGAAAAGGAUACUAUUCAACAAAAAAUUAUUUCAAUUUUUAAAGGUCAUAGUUGUUAUAUUUCAGAAAUUGAGUUUUUAAACAAUUCUCAAAUAAUUACAGCGAGCGGUGAUAUGACAUGCUGUUUAUGGGAUAUACCUAAGGGUAAACGAAUUGGUGAAUUUUCGGAGCAUUUGGGAGAUGUUUUAUCAUUGUCGGUAGAUCCUUCUAGUUCUGAUCCACGUGUUUUUGCCAGUGCUGGAAGCGAUGGCUAUAUUUUACUAUGGGAUGUUAGACAACCGUAUACCAGUAACUCUAUUCAAAAAUUCUUUGCUAGUGAUAGUGACAUAAGUUCGUUAAAGCAUUUUGUAGACAGUAAUUCUAUAGCUAGUGGUAGUGAUGAUGGAUUAAUCAGAUUGUUUGAUUUUAGAGCUGAUUGCAAAAUAUCAGAAUAUUCUUUAAAACAGCAACAACAACUUAAUAAUAACUACAUACCAAAAAGCUUUGAUUAUCGUAAUCAUGAUAAUUCCAUUGGGGAAUAUAAACCUUCGACAAUAUCAAGGUUUUCUAACUAUUCUGCGAAUUCACCAAUAAUUAGUGAUUAUGAAAGUGCAAAUACUGCUAACUUUGAUACUGAAGGUGUUAUUUCUAUAGACUUUAGUCAUUCUGGUAGAUUAAUGUAUAGUUGUUAUUCAGAAUAUGGUUGUGUGAUCUGGGACCUAUUAAAAAAUGAAAUUGUUGGAAAAUUGGAAGGCCAUAAGAAUAGGAUUACAAAAGUUAAAACUAGUCCAGAUGGGUAUGGUGUCUGUACAGGAUCUUGGGAUAACACCGUAAACUUAUGGACACCUGAUUAUGAUUAG